CGCGCGCCUGCCCUCGCGAGAGCGGACGAGGUUUCCGGUGUUGUGGCUGCGGGGCCGCAAACAUGGCGGCGACGCUCCGCGCCCGCUCGCUGAGGCACCUCCGCAUCCGAGGUCGGAACGACAGCGGCGAGGAGAACGUGUCCCUCGAUCUCAGCCGAGACCCUUGUGAUAAUAUGAGAGAGAUUCUCCAAAAUGUGGCCAAAUUACAAGGAGUGUCAAAUAUGAGAAAACUAGGUCACUUGAAUAAUUUUACUAAGCUUCUUUGUAAUACUGGCCAUGCUGAAGAAAAGUUAGGUUUUACCUAUGACAGCAUCAUAAUAUGUCUGAGGUUAGCUUUACUAAAUGAAGCAAAAGAGGUGCGAGCAGCAGGAUUGCGAGCCCUCCGCUAUCUUAUUCGAGACUCCAGUAUUCUCCAGAAGGUGCUAAAGUUGAAAGUGGAUUAUUUGAUAGCCAGGUGCAUUGACAUACAGCAGAGUAAUGAAGUAGAAAGAACACAAGCACUUCGAUUAGUCAGAAAGAUGAUCACUGUGAAUGCUUCAUUGUUCCCCAGUUCUAUUACUAAUUCUUUGAUAGCAGUUGGAAAUGAUGGUCUUCAAGAAAGAGACAGAAUGGUUCGAGCAUGUAUAGCCAUUAUCUGUGAACUAGCACUUCAGAAUCCUGAGGUGGUGGCUCUUCGGGGUGGUUUAAGUACCAUCUUGAAAAAUGUGAUUGACUGUCAACUAAGCCGAAUAAAUGAGGCUCUGAUAACUACAGUUUUGCACCUCAUUAAUCAUCCAAAGACCCGACAGUACGUUCGAGCAGAUGUAGAAUUAGAGCGAAUUUUAGCCCCUUAUACAGAUUUUCACUACAGGCAUAAUCCAGACACAGCAGAAGGACAGCUCAAAGAGGACAGAGAAGCACGAUUCCUAGCUAGUAAAAUGGGAAUAGUGGCAGCAUUUCGAUCAUGGGCGGGUAUUAUCAGCCUGUGCAAACCUGGAAAUUCUGGGAUUCAGUCUCUUAUUGGGGUACUCUGUAUACCAAAUAUGGAAAUCCGGCGAGGUCUGCUUGAAGUUCUCUACGAUAUAUUUCGCCUUCCUCUCCCUGUUAUUGCAGAAGAAUUUAUUGAGGCACUUCUCAGUGUAGAUCCAGGCAGGUUUCAAGACUGCUGGAGACUUUCUGAUGGCUUUGUAGCUGCUGAGGCUAAAACUGUUUUACCCCAUCGAGCCAGGUCACGGCCCGAUCUCAUGGAUAAUUACUUGGCUUUAGUGCUUUCUGCUUUUAUUACCAAUGGACUUCUAGAGGGUCUGGUUGAAGUGAUCACAAGUAGUGAUGACCAUGUAUCUGUCAGAGCAACUAUCCUUUUGGGAGAGCUUUUGCACAUGGCAAACACAAUUCUUCCUCAUUCUCACAGCCAUCACUUGCACUGCUUACCAACACUGAUGAAUAUGGCCGCAUCUUUCGACAUCAUGAAAGAGAAAAGACUGCGAGCAAGUGCAGCACUCAACUGCUUAAAACGUUUUCACGAGAUGAAGAAAAGAGGCCCUAAACCUUACAGUCUCCAUUUAGAUCAUAUUAUUCAGAAAGCAAUCUCAACACACCAAAAAAGGGAUCAGUACCGUGUGCAGAAAGACAUCUUUAUUUUAAAGGAUACAGAAGAAGCACUCAUCAUGAAUCUUCGAGACAGCCAAGUUCUUAAUCACAAAGAGAACCUUGACUGGAAUUGGAAUCUAAUAGGGACCAUACUGAAGUGGCCAAAUAUAAAUCUAAGGAACUAUAAAGAUGAACAAUUGCACAGGUUUGUGAGGAGAUUGCUGUAUUUUUACAAGCCUAGCAGUAAACUCUAUGCUAACCUGGAUCUGGACUAUGCCAAGGCAAAGCAGCUUACUGUUGUGGGUUGUCAAUUUACUGAAUUUCUUCUUGAAUCAGAGGAGGAUGGACAAGGUUACCUGGAGGAAUUGGUUAAAGAUAUUGUACUUUGGCUCAACUCUUCAUCAGGCAUGAAACCUGAACGUAGUCUUCAGAAUAAUGGGUUACUAAAUACCCUUAGCCAGCACUACUUCCUGUUUUUUGGUACUUUAUCUUGUCACCCUCAUGGAGUGAAAAUGCUUGAAAAAUGUAAUGUGUUUCAGUGUCUUCUUAAUCUUUGUUCUUUGAAGAACCAAGAUCACUUGCUAAAACUGACUGUUUCUAGUCUGGAUUAUAGCAGAGAUGGAUUGGCAAGAGUCAUCCUUUCUAAAAUCCUGACAGCAGCUACUGAUAGCUGCAGGUUGUACGCAACAAAACACUUACGAGUGUUGCUGAGAGCUAAUGUAGAGUUCUUCAGCAACUGGGGGAUUGAGUUACUGGUGACCCAGUUACAUGAUAAAAAUAAAACUAUUUCUUCUGAGGCACUUGAUAUUCUGGAUGAGGCAUGUGAAGACAAGGCAAAUCUUCAUGCGCUUAUUCAAAUGAAACCAGCUCUUUCUCAUCUUGGAGACAAGGGUUUGCUUCUACUCCUAAGAUUUCUGUCCAUCCCAAAGGGGUUUUCGUAUCUGAAUGAAAGAGGUUAUGUAACAAAACAGAUGGAAAAGUGGCAAAAGGAAUAUAACUUAAAAUACGUUGAAUUGAUUGAAGAACAACUUAAUGAAGCACUUACAACAUAUCGCAAACCUGUUGAUGGGGAUAACUAUGUUCGUCGGAGCAACCAAAGAUUACAGCGACCACAUGUCUACCUGCCAGUUCACCUUUAUGGCCAACUGGUGCACCAUAAAACAGGCUGCCAUUUAUUGGAGUCUCAGAGUAUUGUUACAGAUCUAAGUUACACUGUUCGUUCCCCAAUGCUGGAUAAGUGGGAAGGAAUUAAGCAGCUGAAAGCAGCCCUUUGGGCCUUGGGCAAUAUUGGAUCAUCAAAUUGGGGUCUUAACUUGCUUCAAGAGGAGAAUGUAAUUCCUGAUAUAAUGGCACUUGCUCAACAUUGUGAGGUUCUGUCUGUUAGAGGAACCUGUGUCUACGUGCUUGGUCUAAUAGCCAAAACUAAACAAGGAUGUGACAUUUUGAAGCAUCACAACUGGGAUGCAGUGAGACACAGUCGUAGACAGCCUUGGCCAGUGGUCCCUGAUGACAUGGAGCAGCUCUGCAAUGAACUUUCUUCCAUACCCAGCACUCUUAGCUUGAACUCUGAGUCUACCAGUUCUAGGCACAACAGUGAAAGCGAAUCUGCUCCAUCAAGUAUGUUCAUCAUGGAGGAUGACCGUUUUGGUAGUACUUCCACCAGUACUUUCUUCCUAGAUAUUACUGAAGAUGCAGAACAAAUAUUUUAUGACAGACCUGGACCUUCAAAGGACAAAGACCGUAGUCCCUUUCCUUUCUUUUCUUCUAGCAGACUUGUAAAAAAUCGCAUUCUAAACUCUCUUACAUUACCUAAUAAAAAACACAGAAGUAGCAGUGAUCCGAAAGGAGGAAAGCUGACAUCAUCUGACAGUAAAUCAGGCCUGAGGCGAAAUCGUACUGUAACAGAACCAAGUGGUAGCAUAGACUUUCCUGCUGGGGAGGAAUUGACCCCUGUUUUCAGAGUUCCAAAAAUCCAGACUUUACGAUUAGAAACUUCUUUUGUUGGAAGUAAGCAUGUGGAAGAUACUGAUUGUACUCAGAGUAUCGGAGAAAAUGAUCUGAAGCUGCCAAAAGGUCUUGGAAAUGAAAUUCAUCGGGAGAACACAAGCAAAGAAAGGCUAAUAGGAGAUGGGACUACACAAACACAUUUCAAGAGUCGUAGCUUAAGUUUCAAUACAGAUACCACAACAAGUGGCAUAAGUUCAAUGAGCUCUAGCCCUUCAAGGGAGACUGUAGGUGUGGACACUACAAAUGUCGAUACUGACUGUGGAAGUUUGAGUACUGUUGUAAGCACAAAAACAGUUAAACCAAGUCACUGUUCAACGCCACAGUCUAACCACCUGCCUCUCUCAAAAUCCAACUCUGUAUCCCUGGUUCCACCAGGGUCUUCUCAUACCCUUCCCAGAAGAGCCCAGUCUCUUAAAGCUCCUUCUCUUGCUACGAUAAAAAGCCUUGCUGACUAUAACUUCAGCUACACAAGUUCUCGAGAUGCAUUUGGCUAUGCUACACUAAAGCGCCUGCAGCAGCAAAGGAUGCACCCCUCACUGUCUCACUCAGAAGCCCUGGCAUCUCCAGCAAAGGAUGUGCUGUUUACUGACACUAUCACCAUGAAGUCUGGCAGCCUGGAUUCUCGACUAACCCCAAACCGGUUCAUGAAAGCUUUAAGUUAUGCUUCGUUAGAUAAAGAAGAUUUAUUAAGUCCUAUUAACCAAAACACACUUCAGCGUUCCUCCUCUGUUCGCUCCAUGGUUUCUAACGCUACCUACGGUAGCUCUGAUGAUUACAUUGGCCUUGCUCUCCCGGUGGAUAUCAACGAAAUAUUUCAGGUAAAGGAAACUCCAUAUUUCCAGAAGAAAACUACACCUCCAUUUGAUGAGCAUGGAUCUAGGGUCUUUACAUCUGAUGCAGGAGGUCUUCCAUCAGGUGCGAGUGAUGUUGUCAAAAGCCCUUUUCAGAUGCUCCGCCAGCAGAUCAGUCUCACAGAAAUAAUGAACACCAGCCGCUCAGAUGCCUGUCAGUUCUUGGAAGGUACAGAGGACACAGGGCUCCAGGAGCACACAGAUGAGAACUGUCUUUACUGUGUCUGCAUUCAGAUUCUGGGUUAUCAGCCCAACACCAAAGUGAGCUCUUCCUACAAUCGUACAGAUUUUUCAGACAUUCCAUAUACUGACUGGUGUGGGCAGACCAUUCACAAUCACUUAGAUGUGCAUUCCUCCAAAUUUUCUGAAAUUUCAGGCUGUAGUGAUGCAGUAUCCCAUGGUUCAGCCAGCAGCACCAAGAGUACAGAGCUUGUGUUAGGAGUAAAGUCAAUCCCAGAUGACACACCAGUGUGCAGGAUCCUUCUGCGCAAAGAGGUCUUACGAUUAGUUAUCAAUUUGAGUAGUUCAGUAGGAACUAAGGGCCAUGAAACUGGACUUCUGACAAUUAAGGAGAAGUAUCCCCAAGCUUUUGAUGACAUAUGCCUUUACUCUGAGGUGUCCUACUUGCUAGCACAUUGUACAUUUCGACUUCCAUCCCGAAGGUUCAUUCAGGAGCUGUUUCAAGAUGUUCAGUUCUUGCAGAUGCAUGAGGAAGCAGAGGCUAUUUUGGCAACCCCAACAAAACAGCCUGUAAUCGAUGCAUCAGCUGAGUCCUGACCUCUGCUCAGGCAGUGCUCUGCACAUGGACUUUGAAAUGCUCAGACAACCUCCCGCUGACUGGAUAAAAAGUUUGGAACAUCACCUUCGAAACCUUCCAGAAGCUACUGGUACCUGAAGACUGAACUGAAAACAUUUUCUUCCUCAACCCAUUACUGGCACAGUCAUUUGAGCCCUUUGGGGAUUUAUUAGACAUUACCGUAGUUUUAAUAAUAGUAAUUACCAGUAUAUGCAAGAGCCAAGCACUGAACACCUCCACAAGUUUUCAUUUCAUUUUCUACCAUAAAUUACAAUGAAAUAGGACAACUUGCAGAGACAUUUUAAGUGACUUCCGAUUCUGUUCCAGAGAAGCAGAACGAUGCCUUGCUUUUUAAACCCUGGAUACCAGGAAUCAGAGAGAUGGGGGUGCAUUCCACUGCCAGCAAUGGGGAGCCAUGCUGUAGUAGUGGGCACCAGGGGAUUAAUGUUAGCCCUUCUCUGUUGAUUUUUGUACUGUUUAUAACACUACUUUGGGGAUUUGUAACUUCAGACAGAAAGAAAUGCCUCUGAAUCUGAGGUUUCAUUAAGUUAUUUUAAUAUUGCUAUAGUUGUAAGACAUUUUAUUAGCAGUCUCUUCGAUUUCAUUGCAUUUACAUAUAUGUAUCUUAUCUGAACCAGUUAAGGAUUUUCACUACAAUUUGAUUUUCAAAACAAGUCAUUUAAAAUUUAAAAUGCUGAAAUCAGAUUGUUUUCCCUGAAUACUAUGCAUGUGUUUGCAGUUUCUACACUCAUGCUCAUAUAGUACAAAUGUGGGUCUUAGUCAACUACAAUCCUUUAAAAAGCAUGAUUUGUAUCAGAUAAGCAAAUAUUGUAAAAACUGAACUUGAAGACAUUUAAUCAUUGCAGGUUUUAUGAGGAGACUUAAGUAUGAGUGCUUUCCAAGUUCCACGGAAACAGCUUUUUAUAAUAACAAAGGUUUAUUUGAAUUUUCAAUGGAUUCGCGAUCAAGCAUCUGAUAGUACUAAUAAUUGUAGUGAAAAGCCUUAAGUAACAAAUUUUGGAGCAGCCGUACUUAUAAUUUUGUACUGGUAUUUAAGACUUGUUGCAAAAGUUAAAUGAUACAGUGACUGGUAAUGAUUGAAGUAGUUGCCUCUAUCAUGUUACUAGUGCUGUUUCUAAACUAGUAAGUGCAAGCUAAAAAACAAAAGUAGUAGGAAUCCCUGUCACUUUUAUCAUGGAUCUAAAGAUUCAGAAGCCUUUAUAUAAAGGUAGUAUAAAUAUAUGCAAAUGUGUAUAUACAGUAGCAUGGCCACCUUUGUUAGAAUGCCUGUAAUAGAAGGGAUUACCCUUUGAUUUUGAUAUAGGUGAAUAAUUCAGCUGGACUGUACUAAGUAGAACGUAUUUUUAUCCAUUCACUCCUACCAUUUUUUAUAAUUGUCAGAUUAAUACUUAAGUGAAAUUUAUCCUGAUGCUCAUAUCUCUGUUCUUACUAGCUAUGCUACUGGAGAUUUCAAUAAGUAGUCAUGUGAACAGUAACACACAAUUCCUAGUGAAACGUAGAAUUUAUUUGUUCUUACUGGAAAUUUCAUCAUGCCACAUAAGCACUGCUUUGCAGCUAUCACUUCACUGAAUUCUUAGGUGCACUGCAUACCAUCAGGUUCUGCUAAGCAGACUGUAAGUUGCUGCUCAUAGUUAAAUUUAGUUCCUAAGAUUAUCUUUUCAUGAGUUCCCACUGAAAGGAGCAGAAAGAAACUGAUUGAACUCUUCUAUGGUCAUUGACACAAAUAAUACAUCUGUGUGGCAAGACAUGUUUGAAAUGUUUAGAAAACACACCACACUGGUAACUAUUGGACUUCUGGUCAUAAGAAAUAAAUGCUUCUGUAAAACCAAAAUGUCAAUCACAGUAGACCAAAUAGUGGUAUAAACUCCAAAGGAAAAUAAUGUAGUUUUCCCACAAAUGGGGAUAGCGUAUGUUAUACAGUAGUUUCAAACACUACCUCAGUUAGGCUAGAGUAGAAGAGAUUUGUUUUAAUAACUAAAUGGGGUUACAUUGAACAACUCCAUGUUAUUUUUCUGCAGUUAAGGCAAAAUAAACAAGUUUUAUCACCUGUAUUUAAAAAACCCACCUCUGUUCAUUUGUUAAGUUCAACCCAUAGCACUUAAUGUAGAAAGCAUCAUAGGAAGGCCUCUGAUUAUAGAAAGGUAAGCAAAUAUACUUUUGAAAGAAUCUCCAUCCUGAAAUGCUCAUGUAUUCUGAAUAACACACUUGUGUGAGGAUCCAUGACAACAGAAACUUGACAUAAAAGAUUAUGGCUGCAAAUUCAGUAUAAAGCGUGAUUUUUCUUCUGAAAGUGUAUGAGUGUCAGUAGAUUUCAACAAGUAUGCAUCAAGAAUGUUAGGUCUGUAUUGUAUAUAACAUACAUUUCUAGAAAAUUAAUUUACACACUGACAUUAAGCUCACAUUGAUGUUUCACUUUAAUUGGCAGAUGAAGGGGAUACUGUUAUUGAAGGAAAUUUAUAUUGGCUUAGUUAUAAACUGUGAAUUUCUAAUUUUAUAGUUUUCUUUAUUUUUAAAUGUCCCUUUCAAAGUCCUUAUUUUGGGGUUUUAUUUGUAUCAUGAUAAAACUUCGAAAGAAAGCUGUAGUAAAUAAUGAUUGUGCUUACAUUAGCCCUAAUAAAAAAUCUCUUCCACUUCUCCUAGGGAAGCUGACAGACCACCCACUUUUUCUAUUUCCAUUCUGAGUGAUUGGUGACACUGCUCAAUAAAUGGUACCGUGUGUAGCAUUCACUUACACUGUGUACUGAUGCAGUUGGGUUGCUGUGGCAGAGAAAACCCCUCACGGACUCAGCUCGCGCACACAGCUCAGAGGUGGAGCCGCCCCGGGAGGGAGAGGCUGCCGGUGGAACCAGUCACAGUCACCACCAGCUGCCUGCUCCUCUUGGUGUGCUCUGACAGGCAGGGGAAAGGGGGGCCCUUUCCCAGGGCACAGAGCUGACUGACAGGCACCCGUGCGCCUCCACGAGGGCCUGGUCCUCUCCACAGAGGGAAGGAGGGUGCGGCUGGCGCCGAGUGUCUCCUUUUGGAGAAGGAGUCCUUUUCACCGCUCUGAAAUUCAGAAAUGCAGAACGCUCCCAGCUGUUGUGGACAUCACUUGGAGCUGGAGAUGAUCAGGCUUUGAAGUUCCCAACUCCCAGUGUGGGGCCCCUGGCAUGUUGUGUUUGAAACGUGCUUUCCUCAUCUGACAGCUCUUACUUGACAUCUCGACAAACAUACCCUAAAUGCACUCUUUGCAGGGUGGUGGUGGUUUUUCCCCAAGUGGAGUUCUAAACAAUUCACUAGUUUUGGGUGCAGUGGCACAGCACACUGAGGUAAGCUGCCCUUAUAAACAUCCAUAAGGCACCUGUGAGAAUCCUGCUUGCCUUUCUGACUUCACUUUGAAACAUACAUAGUGGUCUGGAAAGAGAGUUGUGGUUUGCAGUGAGACUGAAAACAAAACCAAAGCGCCUCUCCUGGGUACCUGAAGAGUGAGGUAGCUGUGCAUGAAGCAGACUGUAACCAAAACCUAGUGAGAAAUGGAAGAGUUGCUGCUUUGUAGUCUGUGCCUUGGCAUUUGGCAGUUUGGGCAGCAGGAAGCUGGCAAAGCGUGUGAGCGAACAUGAGCUCAGGUGCAGCAACCACAGCAGGAGAAUUCUCACCAGGCUCUGAGGUCCUGCUCACCUCCCCGCGCCCUGCUGCUCUGAGCUGCACAGGAGCCACUUGAAAGCAGAUCCAGCAACUUCUGGGUUUAAGUCACCCUUCAAUUACUGUGUGCUUAUGACAGGUAUACGAUGCGAGAGCAAAAAACUGUAAAAGACUUCGGAGGACACACUAGAAACAAUGUUUUUAUUUUUCUAGAGGUCUCCAAUCUCUUAGGUUCUUCUUAACUCCCAAUGCUGGUUCCCUGGAUAGCUUUGUUUUCAACAGAUUUAUAGUCAUUAAAGAAUGUGGAUUUUCUUUGGGUUGUUUCUGUAGUGUAGAUGGACAGCAAUGCCACAGCAUGCAGAAAUUGCACAUUUUGCUUGAGUUGCUUUUUAAAAUAGACUAUUUUUUGCGAAACCUAAUUUAUGCCAAAAAAUGUAACAUCAUUUUGCCACUGAAUAGGGUGUUUCAGCACAAAAUGCUAUGCUUAAAGGGGGGAAAAAGGCUUUACACUUUGUAAAUUUAAUUGAAAAAUUAUUCUAAUUCUGGGCUGUCAGCAUCCCUAAAACUGCAUUACAAGAGAUAAUCUAAAUUAAUGAUUCUGAUCUGAGGGAAGGGAUCAAGAAAAAUCUCAGUACUUACUCUCCCUGUCCUGUGUGGUCUUUUUUUGUUUAGUAAUACGCUGCUACAUAUUUGGAGGUUCUAGUGUUUGUAGGUCACUGAACAGACAUUGAAAUCUGAUUUAUAUUGUAUACCUGUAACAUAGAAAGAGAAAGUAUUUAUAUAUUUUACAUAAGAAUAUUGCAUUGAGCUGUGUAUAAUUUAAACAGAGGCUUGUCCCAAAAUGAUAAUGCCCACCUUGAUUUUUUUUUUGUUUUUCUUUUUUCUUUCCUUUUUUUUUUUUUUUUUUUGUAUACUGUGUACAGUUCAUGUCAACGAGCAUUAAAGGCCUCCUGAAGCAUAGUCUUAUCAAAGGGAUGCAUUGUUAAUAAAAUGUACUUAAACUUCU